AUGAUGCACACGCCAAUAGAUCUCAAACUCUACAGUGAAGUCAAAGAUAUUCUGACCAAGGCAUGUAUCGAAGCUUCAGAUGCCGCCAAAAAGGCUUCUGAAAGGGCGCUGAUUGGGUCAUUUUCAUAUUUUGGAUUUCCCAUGCCUCCCAAAAAUCCGUGUGAUGAAGUCUAUCCUGGGAUUUGGCUAGGAGAAGCGAGUAUGGCCAUGAAACCAAAUUCCCUGAAGCUAAUGGGGAUAACACAUGUUGUCAAUGUAAGUAUGGGACGGAUGUUUAGCCAGACCAACACAUCUUCGGCCUUUUACAAGGAGCAUGACAUUGAGUUUCACGGAAUUCCGGCCAUGGAUGUGCCAACGUUUAACAUCCUCUCUUAUCUCAGACCUGCCGCAGAUUUUAUAGAUGAGGCAUUGGCUAAAAAAGGUAAAGUCUAUGUUCACUGCCAGCAAGGGGUGUCGCGAUCAGCUACUGUUGUCAUAGCAUUCUUGAUACUGAAACGAAGCAUGGAUCUAGCGUCUGCCGUGAGAAUGGUGAGACAGAAGCGGGAGAUCUACCCAAAUGAUGGCUUCAUACGGCAAUUAUGUGAGUUGAGUAAAGAGAUUGGUUUUCCAAAGGGCUUUUAG